CAAACUCUCACUCGAGUCAUGUGCUCCACAGAGGACCGCUGGGAAUGGCCGCACCGGCGAAGCCAGGACAAUAACGAAGCCAAAUAUAAGUCAACCGUACGGUUCCUAUCUAUUGGACCAGAAAGCAAAUAGAGAAAUUAAAAACACGGCACGCCUAAAAAGUAGCCGGUUCUCGCGGUUGUGUUCCAACAGCACCGGCAGGAUGCCGGUUGACAUGGACGCGAUGCUUCGGCGACUACUUGAGGUACGCCGAUCGAAAGAUCCACACGUUCAUAUGAGCAGAAAUGAGAUUCUCUACUUAAUCCAAGAGGCCCUACCCAUAUUGGAGCAACAGCCAAUACUUAUAGAACUCAAUCCUCCACUAAAUAUCUGCGGUGAUGUGCACGGUCAGUACCAUGACUUGUUACGUAUUCUACAGCAGGGCAAGCACCCUCCAAAGGCUAACUAUUUGUUUCUCGGCGAUUACGUCGACCGAGGCCGCAACUCAGUCGAAGUUCUCUGUUUGCUCCUGAUUUACAAGAUUCGCUUUCCAGGAAACGUAUUCUUGCUGCGAGGCAAUCACGAAACGCUCCGCAUCAACGCCAUCUACGGUUUUCUGUCCGAAUGCAGAUUAAGGUAUUCGCUUGAGGUGUACCACAAAUUCAACGAGUUGUUUGCCUGGCUUCCGCUGGCCGCAGUGGUGGGCGACAAGAUCUUUUGCUGUCAUGGGGGCAUCUCACCCGAGAUGAAAUCUGUCGACGACAUUCGGGAAAUUCGUCGACCGCUCAGAGAUAUUCCCGAUUGGGGUCUGGCCUGCGAUUUGUUAUGGGCAGAUCCUUACCCGGGUAAAGGUUUCGCCCAAAACGAUCGAGGAGUGUCGUAUGUAUUCGGAGCAGAUGCGUUGCAGAAGUUCCUGGAUGAUAACAAUUUGGACCUCGUGUGUCGCGCGCACCAGGUGGUAGCUGAAGGCUAUGAGUUUUUCGCAAACCGAUCAUUGGUCACAAUAUUCUCCGCACCCAAUUAUUGUAAUGAGUUCGAUAAUGCCGCAUCGAUGAUGACAGUAGCGAAGGACCUCACGUGCACAUUUCGGAUUUUACGGCCGCAGGCGAAAUUAUCGCAAGCGAUAAGAGACAAGACUUCAAAACUGCUUUAGCGUCGCCGUAGGGCAGCGAAAUGUCUUUGAAGUGUAAUUUAAUUUUAACGACAAAAAAAAAUAAUGAAAACAAUUGGUGCACAAUGUCUAACUACUGUUAGAUUUUGCCCGAAGAGAAGCCAGUUCGUUGUGACGUGGACGAUUUUCUUUGUUCGUGGUAAUAACCGGGUAGAGAAAUUGUUGCGACUCGAACAUAGCAAUAAAGAUUUUUUCUCCACCUCUGGCCUGAGACGCACGGAGCUAACAUCGCCACUACAUCCAUUUA